AUGGAGUCUAUCGGCGACCCAAGGGAGGGGCCGUCGACGGAGCGGGCGUUCGAGGAUCAGCCGCUCCCGCCAUGGUGGCAGCAGGUGACGCUGCGCGCCGUGGUGGCGAGCCUGGCGCUGGGCAUGGUCUUCAGCGGCGUCAUGAUGAACCUGGUGUUCACGUCCGGGAUCAUCCCCACGCUCAACAUCUCCGCCGGCCUGCUCGGCUUCUUCCUCCUCAGGGCGUGGACGCGCCUGCUCGACCAGCUCGGCGUGUCCUACAGCCCCUUCACCCGCCACGAGAACGCCGUCGUCCAGACCUGCGUCGUCGCCUGCGCCAGCAUGACGUACAGCGGGGGAUUCGGGUCGUAUUUGCUGGCCAUGGACCAUAGGACGGCGGAGAAAAUUAACACCGGAGAAUUCGUCGGGAAGAACGUCAGCGAGCCGACGUUCCCUCGGAUGAUGGCAUACUACUUCCUUGUCAGCUUCGUCGGCCUUCUCGCUAUUGUCCCAAUGAGGAAGACGAUGAUCAUCCGCCACCGGUUGACGUUUCCAAGCGGCUCGGCUACGGCUCACCUCAUCAACAGCUUCCAUACCCCUAAUGGAGCGAUGCAAGCAAAGAAGCAAGUGUCGCUCAUGAUCCGGUCGUGCCUGGGAAGCUUGUUCAUGUCCAUUUUCCAGUGGUUCUACACCGGAGGACCUCAUUGUGGCCUCACCGCCUUCCCGUCGUUUGGGCUACAAGCCUUCAAUCGUGGCUUCUACAUCAAUUUGAAUGGAACAUACGUGGGUGUCGGCAUGAUCAGCCCUUACCUGAUAAACAUCUCCAUGCUCGUUGGGGCCAUCAUCUCCUGGGGGGUCAUGUGGCCGUACAUCGAAACCAAAAAGGGCAGCUGGUAUGCCGCCGAUCUCCAGGAAAGCAGUUUACGGGGCAUCAACGGGUACAAGGUGUUUGGUGCCAUAGGCAUGAUUCUUGGCGAUGGCAUCUUCCAGCUUGUGGUGAUCUUGGUGAAGACCCUGCAGACCAUGCGCAACCACCAGCGGGAGGCUGCGGAAACGCUGAGGUCCUUCUCCGACGUGGACGCCAUUCCACGCAACGUGCUCAGCUUCGACGACCGCCGCAGGACGCAGGUGUUCCUCCGGGAACACAUCCCGAGCACCUUCGCCGUCUGCGGCUACGCCGUCCUGGCGUCGCUGUCCACCGUCGCCAUCCCGCACAUCUACAGCCAGGUGCGCUACUACCACGUCGCCACCGCGUACCUGUUCGCGCCCCUCCUGGCCUUCUGCAACGCCUACGGCACGGGCGUCGCCGAGACCAACUUCUCGGCGCAGUACAACAAGCUGGUCAUCCUGCUGUUCGCGUCGUGGAUCGGCAUCAAGAACGGCGGGGUCGUGGGGAGCCUCGUCAUCUGCGGCAUCGUGUCGUCCAUCGUCUCCACCGCCUCCGACUUCAUGUCGGACUUCAAGACGGGGUACCUCACGCUCACCUCGCCGCGCGCGCUCUUCGUCAGCCAGGUCGUCGGCACCGGGAUCGGCUGCAUCAUCAACCCGGCCAUAUUCACCGUGUUCCACCAUUUCUACGAGGACAUGGGGAACAAGAUCUACCAGGUGCCGCUGGCCAAGAUCUACCGCGCCAUCGCCGUGCUCGGCGUCGGCGACCUCGAGCUGCCCAGACACUGCCUUGCCAUGAGCGUCUCCUUCUUCGCCCUGGCGCUGGUCGUCUGCGCGCUGCGGGAGGUGGCCGCGCACUGCAGGUGGCGCGCGCAGCACUACAUCCCGAGCAUCACCGGCAUGGCCAUGUCGUUCCUGCUGGUCCCGGCGGUGGCCAUCGACAUGUGCGUGGGGAGUCUCAUACUCUACCUGUGGGCUAGAACGGACAAGGACGGCGCGCAGGUGUUCGGGCCGGUGCUCGCGUCCGGGCUCAUAUGCGGGGACGGCCUCUUCUCCAUCCCCUACGCGCUGCUCGCCAGAUACGACGUCACGCCGCCCAUUUGCAUAAGGUUUGUGGCUCGAGAACAAAACGAGAAGCUGGACGCGUACCUUGCCACUGUACUUCCAAAAUCCCGAUGA